AUGGAUAUUCCUACCUACACCGAUAGGGCAUCUGGUGCAGAUGAGAGCAUGGAGAAGAAAGGAAAGAAGCAAGAUGAGGCCGUUGAAAUCCUGAAAGAGUACCCACUUGUCAAAUUCUCGGACUACCCAACAUUGCAAAAUAUUGACCGUUCGUUCCAGGCUGAAGUUUUCAAGAUGAGAUUUCCGCUUCCGGCCUUAAAACUCACAUUUCCCUCCAGCUUGUCACUCACUCGGCUCCGAAAAUCAUUUCUCAUCUUCACUCACCCCAUAAGUCUGAUGAUGCCUCACGCACUCCUCAACAAUGUUGAUUUGCAACCCACCUGA